UGCCUGCGGGGGCCGCUGCUCGACAGCGAAAGAAACAACCUUUUAAAAGAAGCAGAGAUUUUACACAAAGCCAGAUUCAGUUACAUUCUACCAAUUCUUGGAAUAUGCAAUGAACCUGAAUUUCUGGGUAUAGUGACAGAAUACAUGACAAAUGGAUCAUUAAACCAACUUUUACAUGAGAAAAAUGUAUAUCCUCACAUCCCGUGGUCACUGAGAUUCCGUAUGCUGUAUGAAAUUGCUUUGGGAGUGAAUUAUCUGCACAACAUGAAUCCUCCAUUGCUGCACCAUGACUUGAAAACCCAGAAUAUUUUACUGGAUAAUGAGUUUCAUGUGAAGAUUGCAGAUUUUGGCUUAUCAAAAUGGCGCAUAGUGUCCAUGUCACAAUCACGAGGUGACAAGUCUCUGCCAGAGGGAGGGACUAUUAUUUACAUGCCUCCUGAAGACUAUGAUCCCAAUCAGAAAACCCGUGCAAGUGUAAAGCACGAUGUAUACAGCUAUGCCAUUAUUGUGUGGGAAGUGAUGUCAAGAAAACAGCCCUUUGAAGAAGUUAUAAACCCCUUGCAGAUUAUGUUCAGUGUGUCACAAGGAAGGCGACCAGACACAAGUGAAGACAGUCUACCAGUGGACAUUCCUCACCGAACAUUUGUGCUAAACUUAAUAGCAAGUGGAUGGGCACAAAAUCCAGAUGAAAGACCUUCUUUUUCAAAAUGUUUAAUAGAUCUUGAACCAAUAUUGAGAACGUUUGAUGAAAUAUCUAUGCUUGAAGCAGUGCUUCUGUUGAAGAGAGCUAAGUUGCAUUAUGAGUCGGCAUGUAUUCGCUUAUGCCAAAAGAAAAACAAUGUGGAGCUGACAUCUCUAAACAUACCUUUGACUCUUAGUCCACAAGAGGAAACGUGUGUUCCUUCCAUGCAAAGUGAUGCACUUCCUCUCCGAAGUUUCUUGCCUGAAAUACCAAGACAUGGGAGUUUGCCCAAAUAUAAUGUCCUCUCAUCAGAUAAAGAUGCCAGUUCUGGAGGACCACUUUCCUUUCUUGAUCGUAGUAUGGAUGAAAAUAACUCUUCAGCCCAAAGUGCUAAAUUUUAUGUGCCCAGCCAUCGCUACCCAUCCACUUCCAGCACAGAAAUUUCAGAUGCAUCAAAUCCCGGGCGCUGCCUGAUGCAGUCAUCAAUGAUCACUUCAGAUUUUGCUCUAGAACCCAUGCAACAGAAUGUGGCCCACCACUGGAUCCUAAGUAAAAGAGAAGAGAUAGUUAACCAAAUGACUGAAGCCUGUCUGAAUCAGUCCCUGGAUGCCCUCUUAUCAAGGGAUUUAAUCAUGAAAGAAGACUAUGAACUUAUCAGCACAAAACCUACAAGGACAUCAAAAGUCCGGCAACUGCUCGAUACCACUGACAGCCAAGGAGAGGAAUCUGCCAGAAUUAUAAUUCAGAAGUUGAAAGACAAUAAACAGAUGGGUCUUCAGCCUUACCCAGACGUGUCAUCUACAUCCAAGACUUCAUCUUUAAAUGUUUUUUGUCGGUAUAAAGCCAUGUAAAUGGUUUUCUUACAAAUAGUGUUCCUGUUUUUAACCAUGACUUUGUCUGUAUUACUUUGGUCUUUAUUGCACUUUCAUAAAAUGUGGUAAAUGAAAGUAUUAGAAGCAUAAUUGAGGUUAUAUUUUAAAGUAAAAAAACGAAUCCGUUUCAGAGCAGCUGGGAAGCAAAAUGCUUGCCACUUCCUCAUCCAAGAUCCAUAAGUAUUUUGUUAUAUAUAAGAAGAGAAAAUACCCCUCAUUCCCUAUUCUAAAUAAUUCUUCUGUUUAUAAAUAUCCUCUUUUAAGUAGAAACUGUCUCUAAACUUACAGGAAUGCUGCUCACUCACUGUAGAGAUAGGAUUGAUAUAAAGGAAGAACGGUAGAAUUGUACAAAUACUCAUUUUAGUGUAACUUAUUUUCACAUUAACCUCAUGGGUAGUUCUAUUCCUCAUCCAAAAUACACAAAGGCUGCAAAAACCAUAUGUGUCCAUGUCACAGGCUGGCUGGCUGUCUCUUUACAGGGCCUUGUGCCUGACCUCACCAGAGCUAGAUCAGCAGCUGAGAAUUAGAUGGCCUUAUUUGGUUUUUUGACUCAUCUGUGAAAGAGAUAAAGAGAGAGAGAGACGGACAGAGUUCUUCUAGCCUUAACCUUUAUAUAACUAAAGGGUCUGUCAAACUUGGGGAAAACGUAAAAGGAACUUAGUGCAUUAGGAGAAAGGAGAUGUCAGGUGGGUCAGAGUUCUCUGUUAAAGGGAAACGCCAGAUAUAAACUAGGGCCUAGGCAGAUGGAAAAUAAUGGGAAAGCUAUAGGAUCAGAGUUAUUUUCUGCAGAGGGAUCUUGAAAGAUUUCAAAGACUGACAUUUUUGCAGAAGCGGUGAGAACUGGGAAAAACCCAGAAUGGGCAUUGAAGCUCAAGUCCAGGGAGGGCAUUGGGAGGGAGAUUUUUUGUAUUUUGGCUGUUUUAGUAUUUGAUAUGCUUAGAGCAUCGCCAGCUAACUCUUCUCUUCUUACCUCAGCAGCCUAACAUAAAUAGAUCUAUAAUACUGGGUCUGAUCCACCAACCUUUUAAUUCCAUUUAUUUUUUUUAUUAGCUAAAAGUUAUUGCAUAAAGGUCAAACACACUGUCUGGUGGGGUAGCAGUACACAGUAAUGACCAUGAUCUCCCUUGGCUAGCAAGCACAGGUGCUGCAGAGCCAAUACACUGACCUCCUUGGAAGUAGGUGUGGGGCGAGGUAUUAUUCACACUCAUGUAGUGACUUCCUUUGGGGAGUAUAAAUAUCAGCAUGGCAAUACCUGUGUUCACUCUUCCUUAUCUUUGAGGGAUAAGUCUUAUACAGCGAAAAGCAGCUGCUUUUUUCUUAAUCUGCUUUAGAAAAUGAAAUACAGUGCAAGUAAUUUCAGAAAAUGUAUAUUCUGGAAUAAAGUAUGUCUAAAGUGACAUUUACAGAAAGAAGCUCAGUUUCUUAGGUUGUGUAUGGAAUGCUUUUAGCACCAAAUAUAAUUUUGCAUUGGAAAAUCCCAGCACAAAAGGAUAAGAAUCAUCCUAAGAAAUUACUAUAUUUGUCACAAAAGGCAAGUGAAGGGUCCAAAUGACGGAUUUGAAAAUUUGGAAGGAGUUUGUUUACUUUGAGUUUUAAAAAGUGCGAAUGGGUUGCUUACAUAUUUGAACAUAGUUUUUAGUUUUUGUCUUAACUUAUUUUUAUGGACUCGAUCACCAGAAUAUAAUGUUUAACUUGUAUGCAAAGUUUUUACAGGCUACUAUAUAAAUUUGAAACACGUUUUUGCAGUAAAUCAGUUUUUUUGCAUUUCAACCUUGUUUUUCUAUGUUUUCCAUCUCUGUUCAGAAUGUUUAUAGUCAUGCAGUAUGUGGUGCUGCAU